AUGUCUCAUGGACAGAACAUGUCAGGGUCUGGUAGCAAAGACCAGUCCCAGCCAGAAACAAGUGAUUCUCUUUCUGGAAGCGAGUCAGUAGAGUCCAAAGAUUCCCGCUGUCUCCUCACUGUAGAAAAUGUUAAAAAACUCCAAGAAGACUAUCCUGCUACCAAAUCAAUUCUUAAUAGACAAUCAAUAGAAGCAUAUAUCGAUCAAAGUAAUCAGUUUUUGAAUGGGAAUGAAACUAGAACAUAUGAAGACCAGGAGCAGAGUCUAACAGAAGAAAAUGAAGCAGCUUCUAGUGCACAAGAAACCUGUAAAAGUCAUGCAGAAAACACUGGAAUUUGCACACCAGAUCCUCACCAUCUUCAGUUCGUGAAUACCAGUCAUCAUAGUAAGAAAAAAUAUUCUCUUUUUCGAUAUAUCAAAUAUAUGUUUUUCAGUGGCAGAAAAUAUGAAGUUGCAGAUCUGGAAACACAGACAGAAUGGAGUUACUCCGAUAUAUCUCUGAUUUCCAAAAAGGAAACAGAAAAGAAGCAAGAUCAAAGGAGCAUGACUAAGAAGAAGAAAUAUGCAGGUGCAGAAAGUAUUGGUAAAAAAGAAAAAAAUGACAUUGACUUGGACAGUAAAGAAGACUCCUCUCCUGAUGAAGAAGCUGACAUGACAAUACGGACUCUGUACACUCAUGAGGGUCAUUCGGUUACUGACCUUUGCCACCUUGGCUGCUGUGAGUUUUGUACCACUCUCCUAAAGCCUUUACCAACACCAGAAGAAUUGGAGGAGAGGCCAGAAAAAAUGGAUAAAUUUAUUUGUUGCAGGACUUACAAGGAUGUUUUCCAGUGUGUAAUACAGGAGCUUAUGGAAAGCAACAUCGCAGAAAGUCAGAUAGAUAUCACCCCCCAUCAUCAUAUUUCACAAGCACUGAUGGACAGCAAGACUAGAAAGCUUCUGAAAGAGGAGUUACAAGAGCUGGGUUUUGAGAGGUACAGAGAGAUAUUUGAACAAUAUAUGAAAUUUGGCACAUGUGUCAAAAUGAAAUUCAAAUUAUCAGACCAUCCACCAAAACCCAAAAUGCCCCCUAAAAAGCUUCGUCCUUCCCCCAAAGAACUACUGGAUAUAGACGUGGAAUUCAAAGCAGAGCAAUUAAAGAUUUGCCAUACUAACAAUCCUGUGAAGAGAUACUAUCCUAAUGGAAGGAUAUUCUUUCUUUUCUUUCCAGAUGGAACAGGCCAAGUUUACUACCCCUCAGGUAAUAUUGCUAUCCUUAUAAUCUAUGUAAAAGGUAGUCAGUUCACAUACAUCGUUCUUCAUGACAGCAGUUCACAUGAAGUUCUGGCAUUCUUCGCAAAUCAGGGUUAUGCAACAUGUUACCGUCAAAAAGGAACAAUCUGGGUAAAUCUGAACCUUUGCACUGGAUCCUACUUUGAUGACAAGGGAAUCAGACAGAAACAUUGGAACUGGUGGGACACUAGCUGUCAUAUUCAUGCACCUCCUUUCCAGCCUAUUAGCAUUUCGCUGAACACUUACAUCCAGGUUAAAAUGGAAGCCCAGGAUCAGAUCUUCCUAACAUUUACUCACCUUCAUCACUGCAUCCAACUAAAUGUUGGUGCAAGAUUAAAAUUGAAAGAUCCAAACAUGCUUCCAUUACUUAAACAUCGUGAAACUGUGAGAGAACGAAGCAAGAUUUUGAAGAUCAGAGAGCUCUUAACAAACUUCCAGAAAAUACUGAAAACACUGCACACUGUUCCACCUGACGAAAUUGAUGACCUGUGUCAAGUCGUAACAGAACUGCGUGGCCUAGCCCACCAGCGACAUAAAAAGACGGUUAGAUUUAAACAAAAAAAAUGA